AUCUAUGACAAGGAAAUUUUAAUUUUAAAGAACUCUACUCUGUCGUUUGCUCACUGAAUCUGAAAAAGUGAAAAGAAAAUUAUAAUUUUCAUUAUAAUUUACGUGCAUUUAUCUAUACGUAUUACUUAUUAAACGCAAAAUAACUUCAAUCAAGAUAUUGAGAAAUUAUGACCUUAUUAACUAAUAUCAGCAUGACAUUUUUCAUUACAAGUUUAUUGUUGUGCUUCAUUUUGUCCACUAACAGUGAUGUACUAGCAAACGAAGAUGAUGCAGAAAGUAUUUCUAAAAUUGGCCAAGGAGUUGGCCAUAUUAUGAAUAUUGAAUACUGUUAUUCCUGUGGAUACAAAAAAGUUUUUGAUGACUAUGCUGGUAUAAUUCAACAGAAAUAUCCAGAAAUUUCUGUAAUGGGUGAAAAUUAUGACCCACCAGGAUUUAACAUGUAUCUCUCAAGAAUUAUUGGUAUUGGCAAAAUGAUAUUCAUCAUGUGUAUACUGAGCGGUUUUAAUAUCUUUGCUUGGUUGAACAAACCACAGCCUGCUUGGUGGGGUUGGUGCUUGGACAACAAAUUGUAUGCUUGUAUGAUGAUGUUCUUUUUAUUUAACAUGAUAGAGGGUCAGCUGGUCUACUCCGGUGCAUUUGAAAUUUCUCUAAAUAACAUUCCACUGUGGUCUAAGCUAGAAACUGGUAGGAUUCCUCAGCCACCAGAACUGUUUCAAAUUAUUGACAACACUCUGCAGUUUACAAAAAUUGAUUUGCCCAAUAACAAUUUUGUUCAAUAAUAAUGUAAAAAAAAAUGAAAUUUUAUUAAUUUCAUGUAACAGAUGUUCCGUGAAUUUUUGAUAGAUAAAGUAAAUAACAAAAUCUAUAUUUGUGUAUGUGAUCAAAAGUAUGUUUAGAGAAAAAGUAAAACCAUUGUAAAUAAAGUGAUAUUUUAUUCCUCUUAUUAAUAUAAUAAUUAAUAUAGUUGCAUUACAGUUCAAAUAAAAGAAGCAUUGUACCAAAUCAUUUAGUUACAUCUUAUCUUAUCAUGUAAACUGAAUGGCCUUCAUUUGAUUUCUUAAACUAAGCUUAUGCUAUGUGAUGCAGAGGCAAUGACUGAUGUACAGUCAAAUAUCUAUAGUUCUUAUGUGUUUACUGUUUAGUGUGAAUAAUACUACUAUUUGGAAACAAUUGUAAAGAUAAAGCAAAGAAUACUGAUACAAAAUUAUCUAGUCAGAUAAUAAUGAUUAUUUCCAUAACAUUGUUAAUACAAAAGAAGCUUUGUAAAAUCUGUUGAAAUAAAUAAUUUAGAAGAAAUAAUAA